AGAAUGCUCACCAGACGUCUCAUUUUCACAUGUGGCGCGUGCAGGAAGAGUGCCAAAUUGAUUCGUUCAGGAACUCGCUCUCGGAUUGCUCGACGGUACUUCAGUGCAGAUGUAUUACCAUCACUAAUCUCGGCCGCCUCGCCUGAGUUUGCUGAGAAGAAACAAGCAAUGGACGGACUGGUGGAGGAUCUCGAGAGUAAGCUUGCACAAGCCCGACUAGGUGGAGGUGCAAAGGCUGCAGACAGAAUGCGUAAUAAAGGGAAGAUGUUACCUCGUGAACGGUUAGCAGUGCUUUUAGACCCUGGUUCACCAUUUCUCGAGCUCUCGCCACUGGCUGCACAUGGAGUUUAUGGAGAAGACAUCAUUCCCGGUGCUGGAAUGGUCACUGGAAUCGGUCGCAUUUCAGGCAGAGAAUGUAUGGUCAUUGUGAAUGAUCCUACAGUCAAAGGCGGAUCCUAUUACCCUCUUACAGUCAAGAAACAUAUUCGUGCUCAAGAAGUUGCAAGGGAGAACCGAUUGCCUUGUGUAUAUCUGGUCGAGUCCGGAGGUGCUGCGUUACCACAUCAAGCCAAUGUCUUCCCGGAUAAAGAGCACUUUGGAAGAAUAUUUUACAAUAUGGCACAAAUGUCCGCACUCCGGAUACCACAAAUAUCAGUUGUACACGGAAUUUCCGUUGCAGGUGGAGCAUACGUUCCUGCAAUGUCUGAUCAAACUAUUAUUGUCCGUAAACAAGGGCAUAUUUUCCUUGCUGGGCCGCCUCUCGUACGUGCUGCAACAGGUGAAGAGGUAGACGAUGAAACACUUGGUGGCGGCGAUAUGCAUGCUCGGGAGAGUGGAGUCGUCGAUUACCUCGUCAGCAGUGAUGAAGAGGGCUUGCAACGUGCUAGGGAGUGCGUUGCGGACUUGGGACCAGACAUUGGGAAAACAGAUGCUACAAUAGAUUCACAAAUAGAAUCUCCACUCUACCCCGCAUCGGAACUUCAUGGAAUAGUAGGUACCGACGUUCGUCAAGCCUUCGAUAUGCGGGAUGUGAUUGCGCGGAUUGUCGACGGUUCGCGUUUCCGCGAGUUCAAGCGCACGUAUGGGGAGACAAUCGUUACCGGUUUCGCGAAGAUCCAUGGUUUCCCCGUCGGGAUUAUUGCGAAUAAUGGGAUCUUGUUCUCGCCAUCCGCUCUCAAAGCGACGCACUUUAUUGAACUGUGUUCGCAGCGGAGGAUACCGCUUGUAUUUUUGGUCAACGUUACUGGGUAUAUGGUUGGCUCCAAAGCAGAACGCGGAGGCAUCGCGAAGGACGGAGCGAAGAUGGUGCGAGCAGUUGCUUGUGCGGACGUGCCAAAAUACACGGUCGUUAUAGGCGGCAGCUUCGGUGCUGGGAACUACGGGAUGUGUGGUCGAGCAUACUCGCCUCGAUUCCUCUGGAUGUGGCCGAACGCCAAAGUAUCCGUCAUGGGCUCUCAGCAGCUCUCGCAAGUAAUGACUACUGUGUCGAAGGACCCGGCUCAGCAUUCCGCUCUUGCGGCGCAAAUUGAAUCGCAGUCGAUGGCGUACUACUCGACUGCCAGGUUAUGGGAUGAUGGGAUCAUUCGACCUGUGGAUACGCGUGAUACGCUGGGGUUGGCACUUGGAUUGACGCGCCAGAGCUGGAGAAGAAGAGAUGUAGACGGAGAAAGUACGACGUGGGACGGUGCAGGACGUGGAUUCGGUGUGUUUAGGAUGUAG